AUGUCGUCGGCCGUCAUUUCACCACCAGCGGCCGCUGUGUCGACCGGCUUGCUUGCACCGGCUUUGGCUCCUGCCAUGCAGCCCAAGCCUGGAAUGAGUAGUAUGUCUCCUAGCCCGGGGCUAUCGGGUUCUUUGACCUCUAAGGAAUGGGUCAUCCCGCCACGGCCAAAACCAGGCAGGAAGCCCGCUACCGACACUCCGCCUACAAAACGAAAAGCCCAGAACCGCGCGGCUCAACGUGCUUUCCGGGAGAGGCGAGCUGCACGAGUGGGCGAACUCGAAGAACAAAUAAAGAAAAUCGAAGAUGACCACGACGCUCUUGAGCUGGUGCUCCGGAAUCAAAUAACCCAACUCACCAAGGACCUUGAUCAGGCUCAUUCCGAUAUUUCUUGGUGGAGAAAUCGAUGCCAUUCACUGGAGAAGGAGCUUUCUCUCGAGAGAAGCCAGAAAGGAAAAGCAGGAAACCAACAAUAUAGCCAUGAAACUAUCCCCGAUACAGUUCCUAUUAACAUACGCCGUAAAGGAAGUCACAAAAGACUCAAUACACAGGCCACCGAGCCUCAAGCUUCAAAUGAGCAACUCGACUUGGUGGCCGCAGGCUGUGGAAGUUGUUCAACCACGCAUUGUCAGUGCGUCGAAGAUGUCCUUCAAGCCACAAACUUCAGCGACGAGUCCGAGCAAAAGAAAGACAAUGAACGCUCAGCCUCCGAGCUGACAAUUAAAUAUGACCCAGACCAAAUGGAGAUUGACUUCACAGCUCGUUUCUCUGCCCCCCGAGGUGUAGUGUCAGUAGAGAACAAAACCACAUCGACCCCGCCUGCUGAGCGUUGCGGGUUUUGUGGAGAUGGCACUGCAUGUAUCUGUGCCGAAAUGGCGGACCAAGAGUCUAGACAUGAUAUAUACGAGCAGAAUCGCUUGGCUCCGAUUCAGAACUAUUCACAAUUCACGCCACCGCCAUCUGACGGGGAUGCACGGGAGCUGACACUACCGUCUAUCAGUCAAGCGACAAAUCCAUGCGCCAAUGGCCCAGGAACCUGCGCACAGUGCAGAGCCGAUCCUCGCAGUACGCUGUUCUGCAAAACACUUGCUGCUUCUCGAGCUGCUAGUGGCUCGUCUGGUGGAUGUUGUGGCGGGAAAGGAGCCGACGGUGGUUGCUGCCAGUCUCGGCCGGCACCUCGUCCCUCAACUUCGAUGCCCAGCAAGACAUCGCCUCUUACUUUGACCUGCGCUGAUGCAUUUACAACACUUUCACGCCAUCCAAAUUUCUCACAAGCAAGUGAUGAAUUGUCGACUUGGCUUCCCAAGUUGCAUACGCUGCCCAAGCCACGCGAGCCUUCUUUGACUGACAGUCUCGGACCUACCAUUACUGAGCGGCCGGCAAUGGAGGUUGAGGCUGCUAGUGUUAUGGGUGUCUUGCGUUAUUUCGACAGAAGAUUUGCUUCCAAACAGUGA